GUAUUUCAGCGCCGGUGUUGGCCGGACAGGCACGUUCAUGGUCAUAGACGCUAUUAUAGACAUGAUGAACGAAGAAAAGAAGGUCGACGUUUUUGAUUUUGUUUUGAAAAUCCGUGGUCAACGCCCCCAAAUGGUUCAAACUGAUAUGCAGUAUUCAUUCAUUUACCAAGCCUUACUAGAGUACUACCUCUACGGCGACACAGAACUAGAUGUGGCCUCAUUAGAAAAGCACCUUCAGACAUUGUACAGUCCGGCACCGCCAUUUGAGAAAGUUGGUCUAGAACAGGAGUUUAAAAAACUAACAAAUGUUCGAAUAAUGAAAGAAAACAUGAGGACGGGGAACCUGCCGGCCAACAUGAAGAAGGCCAGAGUCAUCCAGAUUAUCCCAUAUGACUUCAACCGAGUGAUUCUGUCAAUGAAGAGAGGGGAAGAAUACACAGACUAUAUCAACGCUUCCUUUAUUGAUGGCUAUCGACAGAAAGACUAUUUUAUCGCAACUCAAGGUCCUCUGCCGCAUACGGUGGAGGAUUUCUGGCGGAUGGUGUGGGAGUGGAAGUGUCACACAAUUGUGAUUCUCACAGAACUGCAGGAAAGGGAGCAGGAAAAAUGCUGCCAGUACUGGCCGUCCGAGGGCUCUGUGACCCAUGGAGAAAUAACUAUAGAGAUGAAGAGUGACCGUUUACUAGACGCCAUCAGUGUCAGAGACUUCUUAGUUACAAGCAAUCAGGAGAAGCCGGCACGGCUGGUUCGACAGUUCCAUUUUCAUGGCUGGCCUGAGAUAGGAAUUCCCGCCGAAGGGAAAGGGAUGAUCGAUCUUAUUGCAGCCGUCCAAAAACAGCAGCAACAGACGGGCAACCACCCAAUCAUUGUACAUUGCAGCGCUGGAGCCGGCAGAACAGGGACAUUCAUUGCCCUCAGCAAUAUCCUGGAGCGAGUGAAAGCCGAAGGACUACUCGAUGUUUUUCAGACUGUGAAAAGUUUACGAAUGCAACGGCCGCACAUGGUGCAGACACUGGAACAGUAUGAAUUCUGCUACAAAGUGGUACAAGACUUUAUUGACAUAUUUUCUGAUUACGCCAAUUUCAAGUGAAGGACUUGAGCGCGGUUUAUACAAAGGACUAAUUCAUAUGAUAUAUUUUAUUGUUAAUUUAUCUUGUUUCUGGUUCUCUGCUUUUUGUAUUCUUCUCUGCUACCAAAUAACAAACGCUCUCUGCUUCUGGUUUAACAUCCGGUAUGGUAUGACUUACAGAUUCCAAUACCAUAAAAAAAUAAAAGCUUCCUGAUGUGAAGAAGA